GGAUCGCACACGGCAGAGUCUCCUCCACCAAUGUCAUCACCGCGCGGCCAUAAGAAAAAAGGCGGACAUCUUAAAUUUUGACUUAAAGCUUACGUGACUGCAGGAAUUCAUAUUUUUUAGGUCUUUCGGUAAAGUCAUGUAGAUAGAAAGAAUAAUAAAAGAAUGAAAAUAAAUUGAAUAAAGAAGAAUAAAAAUAUCACUUUAUUUUUUUUUCUAUCCACGUGACUUUACCGAAAGGCCCAAAGAAGACGGACAUCUUGGUCGGGGAAUUGUGUGUGUGUGCGUGCGCGCGCACUUUAGUAUGGCAAGGCGAAAUUAGCAACGCUAUACUUGGAUGCGGAUAUCGACGCUCGGCCUCUGGCACCCAGGAGAGCGUGAGCUACUGACCUCCUUCGAGCUGCACUCUGGGACACUUCGUCAGGCGAUCGGCUAUGCAGGCGUACCUGCAGGAAAGCGUCUGCAGGGCCUGCCUGAGACACUCUCCUCGCCGCUCGCUGUACACCAGCAGGAUGUGCCGACAGUCGCACUACGAGGUCCUGGGAGUGGCUUCCAACGCAUCCAUGGAGCAGAUCAAGGCUGCAUUUUUCCAGCUGUCCAAGCAGUUGCAUCCGGACCGCAAUCCGUGUGACCCGGAGCUGCACGGCCGCUUCGUGAAGCUGAACGAGGCCUACACGGUGCUGAGCAAGCCGGUGACGCGCCACCAGUACGACAUCGGCCUACACUUGUCGCAGGCCCCGACGUCCCAGCCGGGGGGGCGCGCCCCCAAGACUUGGCCUUUCCAGUCCCCUGGGUUCACGGAGAAACAGAGAUACGCGCAAAGCGCUGAGUGGGAGCGUGACCGGAUGUACUGGGAGCAGUUCCACUAUCCAAACCCCGAGCAGAGCGCGUUCACGCACAGCAAGAGCUACCAGCGCAGAAGUCGUCUCAUCGUGGGCGGCUGCCUCCUCUUCAUGUGCCUCAGCGUGGGGCUGCACUACCUGGGAUACCGGAAGCUGGGCGAGGUACACUCACAUUUUAUGGACGAGCGCGAUCGCAUCAACACCGAGAUCUACGACGUGUCUAAGGAGAAUGCCCGUGUGAACGGAGUGGAGAAGCAAAAUGAGAUUCUGCGACAGAAGUAUACAGAGUUUGCGACCAAGUACCGCAAGGAACACAACCGCAGGGCGGAAUAAACUCGACACGCUCCAGCCCCAAGUCGAGCCAAGCCACACCACUCUACGUGACACCACGGCGCACCCCGUCGCUCUUUAUUUCACAGUGUUCCCAGUGAACAUUUUAUACCCUCCGGACGUUGAAGCGCUGCAGGAUUAGAAUGCUGCUGGGUACUGAAGAUAAAACCGGAGGCAUUUGAGUGUUUUGCUCGCGAAUUGUACGGUUUGUUUUACAGUGCGGUUUCGGUAUUUGAUGUGUGACUUUUCAUCCACGCCCGCAUCACUCGAGUCAGUCGGAUGGCGCACGCGCGGUGGGUGUCGAAUAUCUGGGGCAAAACCCAGGUGUUGCCAAUCGUACAUUGAACGCUGAACGCUCAACAGUUGCCUCCUGAAUACUCACUCUUCUCUCGUUACUCCCCAUGGUAAUCGCUCCACCCACCGAUGCACUUCACGUUUGGGUUUUUCUGCCCAAAUUGAAGACUCGGUUUGACCAAACUGACUUUCAUCCAUGCUGUGUUUCAACCACCAUAUUGAAAGUCUAAAUAGUUAUUUUUGUGCUUCAGUCCUGUACACUGCUCCUCUUUGAAAUUCCCUGCCAUUGUCUCUUUUCCCAAGCUCUUAUGAUAACCUUGCUCGAACUCAAGAAACGUGUUACACUCUUAUCUAUUACACCUCCAAUAAUGAUAUCCGUUGCUCGACGCUUGCCAUUUCGGGCCUUAGGGCCUGUGCCCAGAAACCUGAUGAAAGAAAAAAACGUCGGUAAGCCCUAUCCAAAACACGUUUUGGUAGCCCACAGAGCGCAGCGUAAUACUUUGUUAAACGGACAAGCGCAGCGCACACUUUCGUUUCUGUUGCAAAUGUCAUCACCGCCCCAGUCGCUAUGUCCAUUCCUCAACGGCACGGCCAGCACGGGGCGGCGAGACUACACCGUUGCAACACCCGGUGUCACGUGUCCUCGUGGCUUUUGUGAAGAUUUUUUUUCGGUUUCAUACAACCCGGCAGGGUGAACUCUCGCACAGCGUUUUCGCGCGAGAUGGCCAACGGCCUUGUGGCCACACUGCGGUAGACGGAGCCGUUGCAUCUGAAACGUUACUAGUGUCUGGGCAGAUCGUGCGGUUCUUUUGUGUCGAGCAGAAUGCUGUCUGCACCUUGAUUUAAGCAGGAAUUGCCAUGUUCCAGAGAGUGCUUAUUGAACCCAACGAAGUUUGUAUUGUAGCUCUACUCGGUGAAAAGGCUUCAAGAUUUUACUUAAAACCAGGAAAAAAGCCUGUCAUCAAUAAGUGAGAGCUAUAAGCUACAGCAGAUUAAUCGGCGCCAUCAUCGGUGGCAAAACAUUCGUCUGGGAAUUGAUCUAAAUAACUCGGGCUCUGUUUUAAAAGAUGGUUAAAAGGAUCGUCAGGUUCCAACCGUCUGACUGGCCUUUAACCAAAUACACAACCGCGAUGAACUGCACAACUUUAAAUGUUUAGUCUCGACUCGCACUCACCUCCAUGGCGGGAGCAGUGAAAGAAACAUAGAGCGUUGAACACCCCUCACUGAGAGAAGCGGACUUGAAAGGACAUUUGGGCACAUCCAAGUGGAGCUGCGGUUACUGUAUAUUGCGGCAUUUAAUUGUCCUCGUUUUUAACUGAUCGCUAUGCAAUAGAAGAGACAUUUCUGCCCCAGGGUUAACGACAGCUGGGUAAUCUUACACUGGCUGCGGUAUACUGUGAGCUACACUGUAUCAUAGUUUUACCAAAGCAAGAACCAGGGUUUGUUCAACUUUGCAGGCCACAUUCAAAUGGCAUGUGCUGGCGGGCCACGUGUACAGAUUGUACGAUGGUACUUGGCAUUGAGAACACUAAUAUGUACCUCUUGGCUCCAUUUCUCUCUAAUUUACAACUCUCUGAUCUAUUAUCAUUCUUUCAGCUCACUAAUCAGUGUCUCUAUGUCUCAGUGACGGUCGUAUCUCGUGGUGGGCCACAGCUCAGUGGGCCACUUUUAAGAUCCUUUGCCGGGUAGAUCUGGCUCACGGACCACCAUUUGAAGAACCCUGGCAUAAAUGUAGGCGGUAUCGCUAAAGUUAUAACAAACUUAACGUUGCCUUAAUGAGUCAAAUAAAACUUGCACCCUUUAGCAAUACAAACCAUCUCGCCAGCUAUUCCUGAAUUACACCAUGUAAUAUGGAUUUUUUAUUGAUAGGACCUAUGAACCGCAGAUUUCCACGAGCAUUUAUUUGGUGGCUAAUGGGUCCUUUCGAAAGUCACUUAAGCAUUCAUUGCUUCGGGGGAGGGAGGGAGGGAGGGGAUGCAUUUUAAGUUUUAAACUUUUUUUUUAAAGCAAAGUCAAAAGCUUCGUUGCACUAUGCCCUUCACGUAAUGUAAUUUAAAGUGUUUCAUUUAGACUUUUGUUCGGCCGUGUCAUCGUAACCACCAUUGUCAGAAGCGACAAUUUGAGAAUUUGUCGUUGACUCGCAGACCUCGUUCGCCUUGCUUGGUGUAUGCGGUGUUCCAAUGUACGUAUGUGUAUAUAUUAAAUACAUUAUAUAUGAUGGAAAAUGUAUAAAUCCAGGCAAUAUGCACGACGAUA